AUGGAACCAAACCGACAGACACCAGAGCGACGUUUGGCGCAAGUCACCAGAAAACUGUUGAAAUCUCCCGAUCUAGCCGCCACGUACGACACCGCCAUACGCGAAUACCUACUCUCUGGUGUGGCAGAACGAGUAUCACAUGAUGCCCACAACAACGAUCAAGCUCAUAUUUACUAUAUGCCUCAUCAUGCCGUAAUUCGGGAGGACAGGAUAACAACCAAGGUCCGGAUCGUGUUUGAUGCCUCUUCGCAUGACGACUUCACACGAUCGCUGAACGACAACCUCGAUCCCGGACCGAACCUCAACCCGAGCAUACUCAGCCUACUCCUGAACUUCCGCCUCCAUCCUAUUGCGUUAGUUGCCGACGUCCAAAAGGCUUUCCUUCAAAUCGCCAUUCGCCAGGAAGACCGAGAUGCGCUCCGCUUCCUAUGGUACUCUACACCACCAACGUCGGAUCAGCCAUUACCUGACGUCGAGACAUGGCGCAUGACAAGGGUGACGUUCGGGACAGCUCCCAGCACAUUUCUCCUAGCAGCAACAUUACGUCACCAUCUUCGUUGUGUUGCGGAAGAACACCCCGCAGCCAUCGAGCAACUGACAGACGCCACCUAUGUAGACGACGUCAUAACGGGUGCACCUAACGAAGAGGAUGCUUGUCAGACGUAUCGAGAACUUCAGGACAUCUUCGCCAAGGCAUCCAUGACAUUGCAGAAAUGGGGUUCCAACAGCGCGAAACUCCGUGAGAUCUUCAAGAACGAGCCGAACGCCAUUCUGAUCAACAACACUACCAAAGUACUAGGAGUGACAUGGGAUCAAGAGAAGGACGUAUUGUCACUGCCGAUUAAGUCCCUGUCGCAAGAGUACAACCAGAACCCGGUAUCCAAAAGGAAGGCACUAACGCUUGUAGCCGAAAUCUACGACCCUCUAGAGGAAACCUGGAAAUGUCAACUCGCAUGGGACGACAACUUACUGGAAGACCUACUGACGAAAUGGCAGGCAUGGCACACCGACCUGCAACGUCUGAACGACAUUCAACUGCCACGCUGCUACACACCAGGCGCAUCUAUCACAAACGGCGCCGAGCUCCACUUCUUCUCGGAUGCAAGUCCUCUUGCCUAUGGAACUGUUGCCUACAUGCGUAUCGUGAACGACACAGGUAUAGUUACCACACACUUGCUCACUUCAAAGUCCCGGCUAGCUCCUCUCAAAACCGUGACGCUCGCGCGUCUGGAGCUUCUAGGAGCGCUUAUCUCCUCCAGAAUCGCGAAGUUCUUUCAGAAGAACUUCAAGCUUCCGACGACGAACCACUUCUGGUCCGACUCGACCAUCGUGCUCCAAUGGAUUCGUGGCAGCGCCACUAAGCCAGGCCAAUUUGUCGAAAACAGAGUCCGAGAGAUACGGCACAAUGUGGGACAGAACAACUGGUCGUAUGUGCCGUCUUCGUCAAACCCGGCAGACCUGCUGACUAGAGGCAUUACCUCGCAGCAUUUAAUCAGCUCCAAGCUAUGGUGGCAAGGGCCAUCCUGGCUACAACAAGCUCCGGAAGCUUGGCCGGCACACGAAAACACAGCACUGACCGUAGCACAGUCAGACGACACCCUCCCGGACACUCCAAUCGUGCUAACUACGCUUGCACCUCAGGAAUCCUUGAUUCCCAUCGAAAACUUCAGCGACCUCAACCGGCUUCACCGGGUCACCGCCUGGGUGAUUCGAUUCACCGAAAAUGCGAGGCGCAACACCAACCGAGGCCCACUGAGCACGGAAGAAAUAGAAAAUGCUCAGUGCUACUGGAUUCGACACGUCCAAGCCUCGAGCUUCCCCGUGGAGUUAGACUGCCUCUCUAGAGACCAGCCAAUACGCACAACAUCGAAGAUAAGUGACUUGCAACCAUUGAUUGACAGCAACCGCAUUCUAAGACUAGGCCGGCGCUUGAGUGCCAGCCAACAGGCCUUCUCGGAGCAACACCCGGCCCUCAUACUGUCGUACUCCCACUACGCAAAACUCCUGAUCACCGACGCUCAUCACCGUGUAUUCCAUUCCGGCGUCCGUGACACUCUGGUACAGCUCCGAGAAGAGUUCUGGAUAAUCCGUGCUCGCCAAAGAGUCAAACAGAUACUUGGACGCUGUAUCACCUGCAGAAGAAACAACAGUCGAGCUUCCACAGAAGUCCAAGGACAACUACCCGCCGGUCGAAUCACCAGAAGUCACCCGUUCCAAGUGAUAGGGGUAGACUUCGCCGGCCCCUUGACACUGCGCCAAAAUCGAAAGUACUUCACCAAAGCACACAUAGCCCUGUUCACCUGCGCAGUCACCCGAGCAGUACACAUAGAACUCUGCGAGGACACAUCAGCUGUAAAGUUUCUCCAGGCAUUCCGCAGGUUCACCUCUCGACGUGGCAUAUGCAGCAGCGUGUACAGCGACAACGCGAAAACAUUCAAAACUGCCGCGAAAGAACUGCACGAAAUCCGCAAUGUCCUGAGAGAUCCACUCGUUCAAGACCAUUCAUCCGCACGGGGCAUCCAAUGGCACUUCAUUGUGGAACGAGCCCCAUGGUCGGGUGCGUUUUAUGAGAGGCUGAUCUGUUCAGUGAAGAACGCCAUACGGAAGACCCUCUCAAGGAGACUCAUCGAUUUUGCCGAAAUGCGAACCCUCUUAACCGAGGUGGAGGCAAUGAUUAACUCUCGCCCCCUCACAUUCGUGUAUAGCGACGAUGCCGUGCCCGUCCCACUCACACCAGCCUCUAUGAUCAUCGGAAGACGACUGCUCUCCAGACCAGCAACGAAUUCAACCCCUUCGGCAGAAGUGCUGGAAGAUGCUGCACAGUCGAACAAGACGAUGCACGCCAUGUGGAAACGACGUGACGCAUACAUAGACGCUGUAUGGGAAAGAUGGCAGAAAGAGUACUUGACAGAACUCCGCUCCGCGCAUCACUCAAAGACCAAAGGUCAAUGCAACGUCGACGUCGGGGACGUGGUCAUCAUCAGAGAACCUGGCGUCAACAGACUUUUAUGGAAGUUGGGGUUAGUCGAACGUACGCUUCCAGGCUCUGACGGUAGAGUCAGAGUAUGCCUGUUAUGA